AUGAACAAAAAGCAAAACCUCGUAUGGGCAUCAACAGCCCUUCAAGAUCACUUGAUCCGCAAGCCAGGAGCACUUCAGUCCAACGCUCAUGCCAAGCAACGUGAGAAAUGGAGGAGUGAGAGAGCAAGUUUGCUUCAACCGUCAACCAAGAACAAGAAACGGUACUAUGUGGAUACGCUGUUGAGUGGGAAAGACAGGUCGUUGGAAUUUAGUGAGGAGCCGUUGACGUUAGCUGAAAAGAUGAAUCUUGUAACAAGGCAUACACCUUCCCGACUGUCUGAAUCUGAAUGGGCCGGUAUUAAAUCAAGAGAUUCGGCUGGUACUGAUGAAUGUAGUAUCUGUUGUGAUAUUUUUAGAUUGUCAGAUCAGGUCUUACUUUCAUGUGCACAUACAUUCCAUCGCAGAUGUCUCGAGUCAUAUGAACACCACGUUGGACGUCGCAAUUGUCCAUUAUGUCGCUCAGAACACUAUGAGAAGCGAUUAGUGAAUACUGGGAGGAUACGAUAUGUUGGCUUCUGUGCUGCUAAAAUCCAAGCAACAUACCGAAUGCAUCGCGCACACAAGCACUACCUCCACAUACGCGCCACAUGUAUACCAAAAACGACAUACAUGAAAAAGAAAUACUUUGUGGACAAACUGUCGGAAGCAGUCAAGAAACUAAAGAUUGAUGAUUCUGGAGUUGAUUUGCUAGAUGGCUUUUUGAGGGAUGUUGAUUGUGCGGUUGAUGCCUCUAGACGAGUUAUUUCGAGUUCAACAAUCCAGCUCAUAACGACACCACCACCGUCGGGUUUUCACGCAUCACAAGACAUAGUCCUACCGACAACAUCAUCACAAACAUGGACUCAAAUCAUUAAAAAAUCCGAGGAACGAAAGCUCCUCCAAUCAAAUUGUCCAAUCUGUCUGUCAUGCUUUACAUCGAAAAAGGCAGCAUGUAUAACGAAUUGUGGGCAUGUCUUCCACGAAUCGUGCCUUCAGUCGUUUGAGCGAUUUGGUAGUGAAGGUUGUGCUCCUUCGUGUCCUGUGUGCAGAAACACGUAUACGAGAAUGACGAUGCCGAAACAAAGUAAUUGA